UUCACGGAAUACGGUAUGCAACAGUUAAAUCUCGAACACGCAUGCCACACGCAUUUAUCUUUUUCAAAUUGAUAAAUUCAGACUUAAAACUCAUGUUCUGUUAAGUUGUUCAAAUUUUAGAAUUUGAGAUGUAAAGACCUGAAGAUGGGAUUGAACAUGUCUGAAAAUGUUAGUCUCCAGAGUUAAUAAAUAUGCUAGAGUUUAAGGUGUGUGAUUUUGUUCCUAGCCAUAUUCAGUUGGUUGUUGAGAGUGAUUUCUCAGCUAUUGAAGAAUGAUUAAAAUUACAAAUUGAGUGUUGUUAAGCUUCUUGCAAUAAUAAUGUCAGAUAUAAAAUAUCAAUAAAAAAUGUUUUUCUUAUAUUUAAUAUAUAUAUUUUUCAGUUGGUUUGAUACAUUCUAUGUAACAGAUUUUGCAAGAGCUGGUAGUAUUGCUGAGGAAACCGUAACUCUUGAUAAAGGACCUUUAAAACAGUUUUCCCAUUCUUUAGAACCACAUCUUCGUAAACUGGGAAUGCCCACUUCUUUACAGAAAGGUGUUGUGACAUUAAUUAAAGAUUUUCAAGUUUGCAAAGAAGGUGAUGUUUUAAGUCCAGAACAGGCACAAAUUCUGAAACUUUUAGGUAACCACACUGUUCAGUUUAAAAUGUUAGUUCAUAGUAUUUGGACAAAUGAUGGUGAAAUUGAAGAAAUGAAACAUGAUUUAACAGAUAUUGUUAAACAAGAUGAUGAUGAUGAUGAUGAUGAUGAUGAAGAAGAAGAAAUGUCAGAUUAAGUUAUAAUUAUGUAUAAUUU